ACGACCUCUGGCAACUCAGUUGGCUCUAACAUGGCUGUGUAAGGUGAACGAUGCUCGUGCUCACGGAUAUACUGGUGAUUUGCCCUCUCAGGGAAGGCUAAUAAUGUCGAGACUUGCGGAUUAUUUUGCCAUCGUUGGAUACGACCACACAAAAGAUCGCAAUGGAAUUGGUUGUGGAAAAAUCAUCCAGCGGUUCCCUGAGCGGAAUUGGCCAGACACUCCGUUUAUUGAGGCCCUGGAACUGUUCUGUCAACCACAAGGGUGGACACUCUCAACUGAUCGUCAGGAGCCCAAAUUUUUUGUCUCCGUGCUGACAGACAUAGACGCUAAUCGACACUACUGUGCUGUUCUCUCUUUUAAUGAAGCUGUUUCCAUCACCCCAAGUAAACCUACUGACGAGGAGGAUGACGGCUUGGAGCUGGGCAGUGCAGGUGUGCGAGGCAUGGGCCCACCAGUUCCUAUCAUCACCCAUCACUCCAUCAUGUAUGCACCAAAGUGCCUCGUCCUCAUUUCCACCCUGGACUACUUUGAAACAUUUAGAAAUUGUAUGGGGAUUGUGUAUACUGUGUACAUGGAAGGAUUGGGGGUGAGCAUGGAGACACUUAUUGGCAAUAUGGUAGGAUAUGUUCAAGUGCCCCCUCCUGGAGGACCGCAGGUUCGGUUCAGCAUUGGUGCUGGUGACAGACAAGCUCUCCAGCCUCCAGCCUCUCCAACUCUCCCAGUCACUAACACCACUGUCCUGAGUCUCUUCAGUCAGUUAGGUAUCAAAAAUGUUCUAGUGCUUUUCUGCUCAGCCUUGACUGAACACAAGAUUCUCUUCCACAGUCAUUCAUAUUGCAGACUCACAGAAUCUUGUCAUGCUCUAAAGGCCCUUCUUUACCCAUUCAAGUACUCUCAUGUGUACAUUCCAAUUCUUCCCGCAACACUAGUAGAAGUUCUCUCCACUCCUACCCCCUUCAUUAUGGGGGUACACUCUUCUCUCCAACAUGAUAUUGCUGAACUGAUGGAUGUCAUUGUAGCAGACUUGGAUGGAGGGGCAAUUCGUGUUCCAGAAAGCUUGACCCUCUCUCUCCUUCCAGAGCCUUUUUGGUCCCAAACUCAUGCUGCUCUCUCAAGGGUAUUACACCCUGAUCUCAGUUCUGCAGACAAUGCCUUUCCCUCUAGUAGUGGCAUAAGAGCUUCACCACAUGUCAUGAUAGACAAGGAAAUUAGAGCAGUUUUUAUGCGUAUGUUUGCAGAGUUGUUACAAGGCUAUCGUUCCUGUCUUACUAUCAUCAGGAUACAUUCAAAACCAGUUAUAACGUUCCAUAAGGCAUCUUUCCUGGGCAACAGAGGGAUGGCAGACCACGAGUUUGUAGGGAAAGUGUUGGACUGCAUGUUCUUCACUACUUUUGUGACAGAGAGAGGACCACCGUGGCGUGUGUGUGAUCUGUGGGAUGAUCUCUACUCGGGUAUUGGGGACCAAUUGCGCCUAGAACAACAUGAUAGUCGAAUGCUUCUAGUCCAUAUUCAGGAACUUGCUCAGCAGCUGUAUAGCAAUGAGAACCCUAACCCACAACCAUUUGUUGCUAAGAUUCCAAAGCCUACUGAAGGUUCAUUUACUCGAAUUCACCAACCUGUGUUCCCACACAUUGAUGCUCAAAAAGUUCAGAGUAUCAUUGAUGAAGGAACAGCCAAAAAAGUAAAGUGAGUAUUUUUAAUUUAUUAUAUGUAAAAAAAAAUAAAAUUUUGUUGCUUGGUCUCUGUGAUAAUUGCAUUUUGAGUACAUAUUCAGUACAAACAGUCACACAUUUUGGAACAC